CAUCGCAGCAAGCUGCUCUCGGUCUGACGGGAAAAAAGGUAUAUAGCGGCACUCUAAAUUCCCGGGGCGGCUUCAAUCUCAACAAUAUUUCUCGAGCGCCAUACACACUCGAUUAUUCCCGCGGGACAUUGAACGGCGGUGGCGCGCGCGGAAUAGCCGAAGAAAAAUAGCGAAAUAUCGGUGGAAAAGUACAUCUGUGGGAGCUGCAUAUAGAUAUAAGAAUCUAAGGAUCGAUUUGAUUCGGCGAAGGGCCGGGGACUCAAGGGAACGUACGGCUGGUCGCACUUGUACUCCAAUGGAACGGUCGAAUCGGAGGCUGCUGCUGCUGCUGCUGCUGCUGCUGGCCUUGCUUCUGCUGCUUGAUGCCGCGCGGGCAUUCAACAUUUUGGGAAUCUGUCCCAGCACGAGUUAUAGCCAUCAACAACCCUUUCAAGCCUUGAUGAAGGCCCUCGCGCGAAGAGGGCAUAAAGUGACGGUUAUUUCGCCGGUUCCUCUCAAGGUGCCGGUGGAAAAUUAUACCGAUAUCGACCUGUCAUUCACUUACAAACGAGAGGAUUGCACAAAAUUGCGAUUCAUGAGUGCAUUCGAAUUACUUCGCAAAAAUAUGAAUGGAGCUAAUGCAUUGUGCGAAGAGCAGCUAUUCAGCCGUCCUAUUCAGGAGUUAAUUGAGCGGAAAGAAAAAUUUGACGCAAUAAUCAUCGAACAACUAUGGUAUCAAUGCUAUUACAGCUUAGUUACAUUUUACAAUUAUCCAGUAUUGAUUGGUUUUUUGAGUGUCGGUAACCUACCGUACGUUAUGGAUUCUGUUGGGAAUCCGGAUGAUCCUUUUCUUAAUCCGGAUAUGGCUUAUGCUUUCGCCGGCAGAAUGAAUAACCAGGAAAGAGUUUGGAACUAUAUUUACACAAUGUACACGAGGUUCUACUACAAUUAUUUACAUAUGCCAAGAGCUCAGCAGAUAGCUGACAAAUUUACACCGGGUGUCUCCUGCUCAUCGAUCGACCGUAACUUCAGUCUUGUCAUUCUUGGAAAUAAUCACGUUUUCGGUUAUCCCAAGCCAUUACUACCCAACGUUAUCGAAGUGCACAGUCUUCAGAUUACCGGCGAUCCCGGCACUCUUUCCAAGGACAUUCAAGAAUUUCUGGAUGGGUCAAGCGAGGGAGCUAUUUACUUCUCUUUGGGCUCGAAUUUGCAAAGCCAGCAGCUGCCGACAAGAGCUUUGAAAGCGUUGUCCGAUGCUUUCGGUUCUAUAAAGCAAAGAGUUCUCUGGAAAUACGACGGCCUCUUACCCGUUCAAGCGGCCAACAUCAAGUUCGUAAAAUGGGCGCCCCAACAGGCGAUUCUGGCGCAUCCUAAUACGAAAGUUUAUAUGAUGCAAGGCGGAUUGCAAUCAAUACAGGAGGCUGUUUAUUAUGGCAUACCGCUUUUAGCUUUGCCAUUUUUCGGCGACCAAAACUUCAACGGACGCAAAAUUAUUGAAUCUAAAAUUGGAAAAGUUCUUCAUAUAGAUACUAUGACAAAGGACUCUAUUGUGGAAGCCAUCGGCGAACUAAUGCGCGAUCAAGCAUAUUCGCGCAACAUUCAACAAAUGUCUGCUAUCUUAAAAGAUGAACCAAUUAAGCCGAUGGAUAAAGCAAUAUGGAACGUUGAACAUGUCCUGAAAUUCCCUGGUGCUCAGCAUCUCCGCUAUCAUGGAAAAGACAUAUCAUUUGUUGAAUAUCAUGGUACAGUCAUUGUACUGUUCUUCAUCAUCAUCAUCAUCGUACUCACUUGUAUCUUCUCGUUGUAUUGUGUGUCAGCAACUAUAUUGAAACGAUAUACACAUGGUUUAUACAAUAAAAUUAAAAAAAUGAAUUGAACAAAUCUAUGAAAUCAUCAAACAUGAACAAGAACUUUAAUUUCUGUACUGAAAUAUAGAAUAC